GCAUUUCACAUUUUGCAGGUAGAAAUGUAAUCAUAAGUAUAUCUCAAAAACAUACGGUAUUGUAUUGGCACAAGCUGACCAAUUAUAUAUUUUUCUUAGAAAGAGUCUUUAAAAUUACUUUAGCUCAUAUUGUGUACUAUGCAUCCCAGACAAAGGAAAUUUUGAAAUAUCACCAGUUCAAAGAAUCUUGUUUGAGUUAAAAUCAUCAUUGAAACUAAUUAAAUAAAAAGGCGCUCAGUAGAUAAGAAUAUCGAAAAUCAGAAAAAUAAAAAUACUGUGAAUCCAAUCAAUAAAUGCAUCGUCAGCUAAAUAGAAAGUGUUGUUACACAUCGGAAAGUUUUUUUCUGGUUCGGUUGAAGUGGGAGACCAAGGAACAUUCUAAAUAACUUGAAGUUACUUUAGGAAACAUCAAAACCAAGAUGAAAACUAAAAACUAUUGUUUAUUAAUGGUUUAUAUCGGAGUAACAACUGCGUUAUCACGAAAACAACAACACAUAGAACUUGGUCUUCGAAGAACAGCCCCGCCAGGGUUAAAAGAAGACGUGGUCAUUUCGCCCUAUGAAAAUGAUCAAGUAAAUGAUGAUGAAAUACUAGAGGUACCAGCUCAAUGUUUAGAAGUUGAUGGAUAUUAUCCAGAUUCUAAACAAUGUGACAAAUACUAUGAUUGCAAGGAUGGAAAAUAUACUGAAAAGUUAUGUCCUGAUGGAUUAGUCUUUAACGAUUUCAGCCCACAACAUGAAAAGUGUGAUCUUCCGUUUGGAGUUGAUUGUUCUAAACGACCUAAUAGACAGACCCCACAAUCGUCUCAGCACUGUCCACGAAUGCAUGGUUACUUUGCUCAUGAAAAUGCUCGUAUUUGUGAUACAUUCUACUACUGCGUUGAAGGAAAAUUUAAUAUGAUCACAUGUCCAGAUGGCCUUGUAUUUUCGGAGAAAUCAGGAAUUUGCAACUGGCCUGAUGAAGCUCAAAAGCAUGGCUGUGGCUCACGUGAAUUGUUCAAUUUUACUUGUCCUCAAGUCGAUACAGCCAUUGCUGCAACACAUCCUCGAUAUCCUGAUUUAGAAGAUUGCCAAUUUUUCUACGUUUGUAUUAAUGGAGAGACUCCUCGACGAAGUGGAUGUAAAUUGGGCCAAGCGUUCGAUGAACGCACAAAAAAGUGUGAUUGGGCCAGAAACGUCCCUGAAUGCAAAGACUGGUACAAGGACCAACUAACUGACGAGGAGUUAUAUGCUCUUGAACAUCCGGUGUCAAGAUUGAAAGUGAACAACUCCCAAUCCAAGAGAAGGGGUAGCAAACCUUAAAGAAUUCAAUAGCAACAUAAAUGAUUAAUGUCUUACUAAUAGAGAUGAUAAUUAUGUAUUAAGUUCUUUACUAAAGCUGUAUUAGUUCAUGCAAUAAAAUUAUCCACAUUUAUUUUUUCGUUUCAAAA